GAGGAGGUAAAACACUACUGGUCAACUUGUUUAGGUUCUGCAAGUUCAGGUCAUACUCAGAAGUUUCCUAAUGGAGGUAACGAAUCCACUUAGUUAGCUGAUCCACUCACAGCUGAUCUAUUAAACUUUUCGUGUUGUUACUCAGAGAUACGCAUGGAGAUGAUGGUGGUGCAAUAGGCGAAAGUAGAGCUGUUCCUCGUUCAUUCGGUUAGAAUUACCCUGACGUUACCUGUUCUAAAUACUGCUUUUUACAGCUCCGUGGUAUGAUCCAGAAUCACUCAUUUAACUUGCACCGAGAAAGAGAGCUACUCCGUGACCAGGGUGAUGCAAAUAGGCAUGUCAGUAACGGAGGCUGUUCUAUCAUCGACACACUUCACAGGGUUUCAUGGCAACGUAAGGAUGCAGUAGAGGUGAGCUGGGUGUUUGCGGUGACGCUGUUGACGAGGUAUGGCAGGAUAUUUGGCAUUUGGAUACGGGAACUUAUGACGCUGUUGUUUAUUCAGGAAAUGAGCUCAACCACGAAGAAGAAAGGAAAAAUUACUGGCAUGCUACUGGAAUUCGCUACGCGUCACGAGGCAUAAAACUGCCAUUUUAUGCGGG